GUCUACCUCCAAACAAGACAAUGUGGAAGAUAUUCGCUCUUUUACUUCUCUGCGUCUGCGGCGCGUAUGCCCGCGUUUCUGCUGGAGACAUCAGCUAUUUCUUGUGGAAUAGACGUGCUACUAGGGAACAAUUGAGGAUUGGUCAAUAUGGAAAUAACAUCGAUAGAAGCGCACCUGUUAAAAUUCUUGUUCAUGGUUGGACCGAAAGUAUUAACUCUUUCUGGUAUACUGGAGCUAGAACCGCGUAUGUAGGAAGUGGUGCUAAUGUCAUUGCUAUCGAUUGGUCCAGACAUGCCCAAUUAACUUACCCCACUGCAGUUAAUCGUCUUCCUGAUAUUGGACAAUUUAUCGCUCAGUUUAUUGAUGGAUUGGUGAACACCCAAGGAAUUUCGAUCGACGACGUUCAUUGUGUUGGUCACUCUUUGGGGGCCCAUCUUUGUGGAUUCACUGGAAAAUCUCUUAGGAAUAGUUUUAGAACCACUCUUGGUAGGAUUAGUGGUUUAGAUCCAGCAGGUCCAAGUUUCACCACCUCCCUCAGUAGGAAUCGUUUAGAUUCAUCUGAUGCUGUUAGAGUUGAUACAAUCCUCACCGAUGCCGGUUUAAGUGGUUUGGGCAUUAACCGCUCUUUGGGACACGUUAACUUUUGGCCAAACGGUGGUUCGGCUAUUCAACCAGGAUGCCUUUAUUAUCCAUGCAGUCACAACAGAGCACCAAGAUUCUUUAACGAAGGCAUCACCUCGAGAAGAUUCGUUUCUAGACGUUGUAGUAGUUACUCUAGGUACAAUCGUGGACUCUGCAGACUUAACCCACAGAAUCUGUUGGGUGAAUUUACUGAUUUUUCAACUACUGGUGAUUUCUACUUGUCUACUAGACGUAUUUCUCCGUUCGCUCAAGGUUAGAACUUAAGUCGUUCAUUGUAUCCUGAACUAUAUGAAAUAUGUAUACAUGAUAUGUAUAUCAAUAAAUAGCAUACAGGUUGAAUUUGG